AUGCAAGUCUCCACCAAUGUUGAAGCUUCUGAAAGUGAAAGAGCAAGUUAUAUUCCUGAUCCUCUACUCAAUGCAUCUGAAUACAACAAUACGGCAGCUGUACCAUUGAUUCCAAGUGCUGUUUUAGAUGUUAAUGGUACCAAUAUUUCAACUGAUGACGUCGCUGAGCAUUUAUUAGAGCGAAUGAAAGCGCAAAUAACAGAUAAAACACGUAAAACUGAUCUUGAGGAACAUGCUCCAGAAGAUCCCGUGUAUAUGAUUCCUCGUGGUAACAAACCGGUCAAUGAAUAUUCUAAUCCAAACCUAUUAUUGGGCAUAUUUCCAACACUUUUUCCAUAUGGAUGUGGUGCAGUUGAAGAUUUCUCUCGACCAGUGAAAAUCGAUUUUCAUCACGAUGAAGAAGGAACAAAUACGACAAGUGAUAACGUACCAUCUAUUCAAGAAACUGAUCCAGUAGAAAAUGAAGUUGCUCCAGCCUGUUUACCAACGCCAAAUCCUGCUCAUGAUGACUUCGAACGAAUGUUUCGCAAGGAUAUUGUAAUCGACAAAUCAGAUCGCCGUUUACUAAAAAAUACCAAUGGACAUGAAGGUGAACGAUUGUGUACAGAAGGGACAAAGAUGAAUGAACGACACACCUUUGCAAGUGCACAUCCACAAUCAUCAUCACAUAUCAUUAUUAAACGCUCUACUUCAGUUGUGCCAGUUCUUCUUGGUCCUCAAAUACCUCGUCGUGAGCGAGAAGAAACAUACGAACGUUAUUGUCGUACAUUGCUAACUUUAUUUGUGCCAUGGAGGAAUGGCCAUCGCAUCGUAGAUGAUAUGAAUACAUUUGUAAUAGCUCAUGCUCAUCAUGCAAGAAUGAUUAAGGAAUGGAAACGUGACAUUGAAACUAGAAGAGACCAAGCAAGAAGCUAUUUAAUUUCAGGUGAAGACACUUUGGAAGUACGAGAUGAUGAUGUACAAGUUGAAGUCGUAACUUCCAAAAUACCUACAAGUCCAUUUAAAGCACCAAUUGCCGUUGUACCACCUGCUCCUAUACUGGUUUUUCGAAACACACUUCGAACUCAAAUAAACAAUCGAGCUGUGCUGAAUAAAGCAAUGGAGAUGGGACACAGACCUAUCGUUUGUGUUGCUCAAGAUUAUAUAAAUAAUACAGCCAUUGAUGAUGUCAGAUUACGCAAAGCAAUUCUCGAACUACCAGAUAACAAGGCAGAGCACUUACCUGGAUACUUACCACUUGUACCCGGAAUGCCCGUUUUACUGACAGAAAAUAUUGCAACAGAGCUCGGACUUUCCAAUGGUACACGCGGAAUAUUUCGUCAGCUCGUUUAUGAUGAGUGUUUUGACGAUAUUCAAUUCGACGAAACACUUUUUCCAAAGCAUACUAAGUUUAUAACACAACCAAAAUACGCUUUGGUAGAGUUCUCGAGCUGUAAGCCUGAUUGUGGACUCAACGAGCUUGAAACCAAAGUUAUUCCCAUCUCUGUUAGCGAGCAAACUUUUCUAUUUGAUAUCAAAGAGCUUCUUAGUGAAACUGUUUCAAAAGCCGCAAAAAUGGCCAAGCAAACAACAAAAAUCUCGAUCAAGCGUAAAGCCCUUCCAUUAAUACCUGCCUACAGUAUAAAAACACAUAAAAGUCAGGGCCAAACAUUGGGCAAAAUUAUUGUUGAUCUUGUCACACCUCCUGGUCCAGUUGAAGUCGCAUCGAUUUAUGUUCCAUUAUCCCGUGUUAAACGUCUUGAUGAUCUUUUGAUCGUGCGACCUUUUGAAUUCUCAUCUCUACAAGUGAAACCAUCAGCAGCACAACUGCAGGAACUCAAGCGAUUAGACAUGAUCGCAAAAAAAACUCAAAAAAGUUUUGCUUCAUUUCUUUAG